CCUCCCUCCCUCCCUCGCCUCUCCUAGUACAAAUAUCCCGUGCGACCAGCCUAGCCUAGGCUGCCCGUGACAGACUGAAGAAGGAGAAGGAGAGGGAGGCGAUGGAGAAGGCGAUCAACAGGCAGAGGGUGCUGCUGGCCCACCUGGAGCCCGCCGCGACCCCCGCCGCGCCGGCCGUUACCGCGAGCGCGUGCGCCGCGGGGGACAGCGCCGCGUACCACCGUGGGGCGUGCUUCGCCGACGACGUUGUCAUCGUCGCUGCCUAUAGGACAGCAAUUUGCAAGUCGAAGCGAGGUGGUUUCAAGGAUACUCCUGCGGAGGACCUCUUGGUUCCAGUAUUCAAGGCUUUGAUAGACAAAACAAAGUUGAACCCUAGUGAAGUUGGUGACAUCGUUGUUGGGACUGUUUUAGCUCCUGGGUCCCAAAGGGCAAUCGAAUGCAGAAUGGCUGCAUUUUAUGCUGGCUUCCCUGAUACUGUACCUCUUAUGACUGUAAACAGGCAAUGCUCCUCUGGGCUUCAAGCAGUUUCAAAUGUUGCUUCUAAUAUUAAAGCAGGGCUUUAUGACAUUGGUAUUGCUGCUGGCCUAGAGUCCAUGACAGUGAACAAAGUCAGCCUUGAUGGACAAUUAAAUCCCAAAGUUGAGCUGUUUUCUCAAGCACGCGAUUGCCUUCUCCCAAUGGGCCUCACGUCCGAGAAUGUUGCAAAGCGAUUUGGUGUAACACGCAUGGAGCAAGACCAAGCUGCUGUUGAGUCCCACAGGAAGGCUGCGGCUGCAGCAGCUGCUGGUAAAUUCAAAGAAGAAAUCGUUCCAGUUCACACAAAGAUUGUGGAUCCAAAAACUGGUGAGGAAAAGGAGAUAGUGGUCUCAGCAGAUGAUGGAAUCCGACCGGGUACUUCAUUGGCAGUCCUGUCAAAACUCAAACCAGCAUUCUCUAAAGAUGGCACCACUACUGCUGGAAAUGCUAGCCAAGUAAGCGAUGGUGCUGGAGCAGUCUUACUAAUGAGGCGGGACAUUGCUAUGCAAAAGGGUCUUCCAGUACUUGGCGUUUUCAGGAGCUUUGCGGCAGUCGGAGUCGAUCCAGCCGUAAUGGGUGUUGGUCCUGCUGUUGCAAUCCCUGCAGCAGUGAAAGCUGCUGGUCUUCAAAUAGAUGAUGUCGACCUGUUUGAGAUUAAUGAGGCUUUUGCAUCUCAGUACGUGUACUGCUGCAAAAAGUUGGGACUUGAUCCUACAAAAGUUAAUGUUAAUGGAGGUGCAAUGGCUCUUGGACAUCCAUUGGGUGCUACAGGUGCACGGUGUGUCAGCACCCUUCUCAACGAAAUGAAGCGCCGCGGCAAGGACUGCCGAUUUGGUGUAAUUUCCAUGUGCAUAGGUUCUGGCAUGGGGGCCGCUGCUGUUUUCGAGCGUGGAGAUGCAGUGGAUGAGCUUACCAAUGCUAGAGGGAUCCCGUCCCAUAACUGGCUUUCAAAGGACGCCAUUAACUAGAACUAUAUACCAUACCAUAAAAUAUAUGCAACCACCGUUGUUGUUUUGAAAUAUCAACACAAGUGUUGUGGAAUAAAGAGCUUGUGUAUCUGUAAUUCUUGACGAGGAAUAAGUAGAAUCUCGUCGAUGCCUGAAUAUGGCUAGUUGAGAACCUUGUUAAUUGAGAAAUUCGUGGACACCGAUUGGAAAUUGUCGGUUUGUUCAUCUAUAAUUACCUUUUGCGUUCGAAAGAUAUCAUAUGA